AUGGCUUUCGUCGAUGAUGAUUGGGAGGAGGUAUCCAUGCCUGUUCGCAGCAAGGCCAAAGCCAGAGCCUCCCCAACUGAAGCCCGUCUGUUGUACGAGGCAGUCGACAAGUACGCCCAGAAGCAAUUGAAGACACACACCUCCCGGAUCUUUACCACUGACCUGAACUACCGCGACCUUUGGUCAAGCUUCCUUGGAGGCCUCCCGGCAUCAAAACGUCAAGAGUACACCUGCCACCAAUGUCGGUCCUUUGUCAAGCGAGUGGGCAACCUCGCUCUCGUCAGCAAUGAUGGCACUCUCACCCCCCUCUUCUGGAGUACCCGCGAUGUCCCCGAAUCCAUGAAGGACGCUGUUGACAACCUCGCAAAACACUUCCAGAUCGCCAGAGUUGUGUCCGAAUAUAAGCCCGUUGUAGGGUCCAAAUCUCAGUGGGCUGGCAAGGAACUGUGCGGCGGCUUCCGACACUUCCAGUUCACCUUCCCUAGAAAUCGUACGACCCAAGCAGUCCCUCGCGGCGUCUCCGUGCUCUCGACACAGCAAGCGGCCGAGAUGCUCAACCGCGUACUCGCAGACUACUCGUUAGGUUCUAUCAAGAAAGCAGUACAGAUACUCACACAGCACAAACUUCCGAACGCGAGCAAUCACAUUAGCGCGGCCGAAUAUCUACUCAACAUCGUAUCUGACAACCAUAUCCCCAAAGAAGAUGGUGCGGUCCGCCACAACCUCCUGCACCGCGACGCAGCAAACGCUUUCGUGGGUUGUGUGUCACAGCUACGAUCAGGCCCCCUGUCCAUUUUGCUCGGCCUUCUGGAGUCUAACACCGCGUUCAGCGAGAUCCAGCGGCAAUGGACGUCCCUAACGGCGCCAGAGAACUACAUGCGUCCCACGGCGACCCCCAGCACUGGCAACGUCGAAGCCUCCGAACGACUAUUCACCGAGCUCGGCUUGACCGCAAACGACAUGCGCCGACGCUUCAUGUCCAUAGACGAGCUCCCCAACGACAUUUACCUCUGGCGGCGCAAGACAGCCACUACGCGGCCCAAGAAACCCAAGACCGAACUGAAGAUCUUUGGCUCAGUAGCCGCCGCCGCCGCCGCCACGCCCGCGUCCAAGACCGCCCGUCCCGCCGAAACCGACCUUCCCCCCACCCCCCUCAGCUUCACCAAGUUCGUCACAUCCGUCCUGCCACACGCCACGCGCGUCUGGGCCAAAGUGCACGCGCACAAGCCCAUCGCCUUCAUGAUCUCGGGACUGGAGGGCACCAUGCCGCUCAUGCAGUGGCACGACGACACCAACCGCGCCAGCAUGUACGUGUACACGACGCCGCGGCACGUGUCGCAGCACGGCCUGCAAGCCGACGCGUGGAACGAGGUGCGCGGCGUCGUGCCCAUGCCGUGGCUGUGGGACGUGGCGGGCACGGUGAAUUCGUUCCCGCUGCCAAGUAUGGAGGAGUUGAGGAAGGCUGGGGAUGCGGAGCAGGAGGGUGACGCUGGUGGUGGUGUUGAUGGGGGAGGAAAGCGCAGGGGAGGCUUGAAGUACUACCACACCAAGAACGGCCUGAGUCACGUGUUCCUGCUCGAUGGCGUCUACGACAAGUCCCUGCGCCAUUUGUGUUUGUUCCCCACGUGGCUGAGGGGCGAGUUGCAUGGGGCGCGCAAGACGAUCGAGCGCUACAGCGAGCUAUGGGAGAAGGAGCUGCCGGAGGGCAUCGAGGAGAAGGGCGGGUACGUGGGUGGUGUCAUCUAUGGCCAGUCUAAUAAGGCGAGUUUGGUUCUGAGGACGCAGGGAGGGAAGGAUGGGAAGGGCGAGGGCGUGUGGGAGGUGACUUGUUAUGAGUAG